CUUCUUCAAUUUAACUGAAGAUGCCGCGACACUUCUUCUUAUAAAAAAAUACAAAGAUCCGUAAAGUAUUAUCUAGUAGAUUAAGCAGAAUCAUUGCCAAGAAACUCUUGUGAUAAAUUGUACGAAAUGUGUUAAAAGUUUACAAAUUAUUCCUUAUUUAAGUGACUGCUCACAGUUUCGGUUGGAAAUCGUGAAUGCGUUAAGUGAAAUAUAUGUACGUACAUAUGUGAAUGGACUAUCUAUCUCAAGGCGUUACAUGCUUAACUAAGUUUCACUGAUCAUUUUUCUUCGAAACGAAUCGGUGCUUUUUUUGGAUCUACUUACCUGACCAGUUUGCAGUUUUCAUCGGUUUUUUGCUAACUUCCAUUACAUACGAAGUGCACGCUUACCGAAGCAAGAAGGAAGAGAAUUUACCAUUAAAUAUGACGGGCGAAAAGUGUACGUUGCAAGUAUUGGUGAUUUUAAUUAUUGCUUGUUUAACAGCAGCUCAACAAUUGAAGGGCGGCCAGGAGGAUCCUUGUAAAACUAAAUCACGUGUCGUCGGCGACGAGGUCUACUGCGAUAGAUAUUGGGAGUGUGUCAACAAUCAGCCUGAACUUUACGAUUGUCCGAACGGACUUGUGUUUGCUGGUAAACGGCAUGGCGUAACGGAAGGAUGCGACUAUCCAUGGAGAUCCAACUACUGCGAGGGAAAACAACUUGCAAAUGGACCAAUUUCAACUGAACACUGCGACUGGCUAUAUGGCAUUUUUGGACAUGAGACUUCGUGUACCCGGUACUGGACAUGUUGGAAUGGAACAGCGACCGAACAAUUAUGCGGUGGAGGAUUGCUCUAUAACGAGGACACACAUAGCUGUGAUUGGCCUGAAAAUGUUGAAGGUUGCCAAAAACACCCGUUAUGUAACGAUGAUCCAAAUGGAAAUGUACCACUCGGAAAGUCCUGUAACCGAUACUGGCAAUGUCAAGGCGGUUAUCCCCGAUUACAGAGGUGUCCUGCUCAGCUCGUUUUCGACAGACACUCGUUGAGAUGUGUUGUUCCGCCAACGGAAGAGUGUGACAUACCAGUGGCACCACCGGUAGAUGGAGAAUUGCCCAACAAGGAAGGAUUACUCAGCAAAGACGAGCAGGAGCAACAGCUUGCCGAUAACGCUGUCCCACCAUUUCCACUGCAAGGAAAGAACUUCCAACGAUCAAAGAAUUAGCCAUUUAAAUUUCAACUUAAGCUAAAAUUUCUCAGAAUUCAAGGAAAUUUCUUGCGAAUGUGAACUCCAUUUACAUUUCCACGUUUUUAAUUAUCACUAAUGACGCUUUCUCUGAAACCUAAUUGGAUAAAAAAAGCAAGCAUGAAUAAAACCUCACCGCAGGUAUAAUUAAUCUAAACAUCCAAAUUAAAAUAUAUAACAGUACAUUAAUUCUGGACACCAUGAAAUACAAAACUUUUAUUUUUUCCGUGAGUACCAAAUAACAGAUGACCUAUAUUUCUGCUCAUAAUAUAACAAAGAAGAACUUAAUUAUAGUCACAAGUUCGAUUAAAAAAAUGAGGGGAACAUUCUAUCUAGAAUUUAAUUUAGAAUCAUUCCGAAUAAUUGCAAAUAAAUUAGAUUUACGGUUGUAAGCCACAGAAACAAGUUGGAAAAUAGCGGCAACUGCGAAUUGGACUUUUUGAGAGAAAGGCAAAAAUUAAAUCGUGAAACGUAUUCUGGAAUGAACUUACUUCAUUUCCUCGUAAGCAAUUUGUUUUUUUUUUCGACAAUACGUAGUGUAAGUUGUUUGAAAUAUUUCAUUAUUAUUUCGUUCUACAUAUUAUUUACAUUCCGAUGUAGUGAUUAUAUGGCGAAAAAAAUAAAGAUUUUUUUAGAUA